UCCAAGUAAACCACGAGGGUGAUAUUUUUUACUCCACAUUGCUCCACAUUGUAGUUGUUUUUAAAUAACAAUAAUUAUUAAAUUAGUGAAAAUAAAAUAUAGUUUUAUAUUUAAUAAUAACAAUAAAAGAUAUAUUUAAAAAAAUAAUAAAAAAUGAAACGUGAAUUAAGUAAAGACGCAAAGCAAGAGAAUGGAAAUAAUAAAAAAUUCAAAAAAUCAAUUGAUAAUAAUAAAUCAACAACAGAUAAAAAGCCAAAAUUUGAAAAAAAAAAUGUUGGUAAAUUUAAUAAUAACAAUAAAAAAAAACCACAAAAUGGUAUGAAUGGACCAGCAACAACAGUAGCUGGUGAAAAACCAGAUUGGCAAAAAUUUAAAAAAGAAAAAAAAGAUUUAAAAGAAAAACGUAGAGUACAAAAGUUAGAAAAUGUUUAUGACAUUGCUGUGAAAGCUAAAAAAAUUGAAGAAAAAUUGCGACGUUCUGAUUGCAUUGGUGAUAAAAAAAUUGAAUUAACAAAUGAAUUAUAUAAAUUAUUAGAUGGUAAAUUUGAAAAAUUAAUAUUUACCCAUGAUUUAUCAAGAACAAUUCAGUGGUUAAUAAAAUUUUCAACAGAUGAAAAAAGACAAUCAAUAUUUAAUGAAGUUAAAGCAAAAACAGCUGAAUUAUUUCAUUCAAAAUAUGCUAAAAAUUGUUUAAAAAAAUUCUUAAAAUACGGCAAUGAUAAUAUGAGACAAGAAAUAUUAUUAGGUUGCAGUGGUCAUGUUGUUGAAUUAGUUAGUAAUGUAGUAUCAGGACCACUUAUUGAUACAGCCUACAGAACAUGGGCAAAUGAUGAAACAAAAAAUAUAGUAAAACAAGAAUUUUAUGGUGGUAUGUAUAAAAAUUCAAAAGAUAAAAAUAUUAAAACACUUGUUGAUGUUUAUGCUAAAUCAACUGACAUGAAAACAGCAACUUUAUCAGCAGUUAAAAUGAAUUUAAUUCGUGUUAUGAAUAAAAAUGCAAUUGGUAAUUCAAUAGUACAUACAAUAUUAUCAGAAUUUUUAUCACAAUGUAAUGAUGAAGAUCGUGCUGAAUUAAUUGUCAUGCUUAGAGAUUCAAUAUAUGAAUUAUCAACAACAAAAGAUGGUGCAGAAGUUGCUCUUAAUUGUAUUUGGCAUGGUACAACAAAAGAUAGAAAAUUAUCAUUAAAAUCAAUGAAAGAACAUGUUAAAGAUAUUGCAAUAUCAGAAUAUGGACAUAUUAUAUUAAUGGCAUGUUUUGAUUCAAUUGAUGAUACAACAUUAAUGAAAAAAAUUUUAUUUCCUGAAUUAAUUAAUAAUUUAAAUGACAUUGUUAAUGAUGAACAUGGUAAAAAAGUUUUAUUAUAUUUAGUUGCAAGAAGAGACAGUCAUAAUUUUCAUCCAUCAUUUAUUCAACAAUUAGAAAAAGGUGAUUCUAAUACAACAAGUAAAAAACCAGCUGAUAUUAGAGAAAAAGAAUUACUUGAAGCUGUUGGUAAUCAAUUGUUAGAUGCCAUAUCAAAUGAAGCAAUAUUUUGGCUUGGUAGUAGUUCAAUUGCCAUGGUUACACUUGCUAUUUUAAAAUCAUGCAAUGGUGAUAGUCUUGAUAAAGCAUUUAAAUCAAUUGCUGAUGUUUUAACAAAUCCAGAUAUUACAUUGGAGGAUAAUAAAACUAAAUAUACCAUUGUUGAACAUCCUGGUUUACAUAUGAUGUUUAAAAAACUCAUACAAUCUGAUAAAAAUUUAUUGGAAAAUAAUAAAAAUACAUUUGGUCAACAAAUUAUUGAUAAACUUGAUGAUGAAGAAAUUAAAAGAUGGCUGUCAUUUAAUAGAGGAUGCUUUUUACUUGUUUUAUUAAUUGAAAAUGAAGAUGAAAAUAUUAAAAAUCAACUUAUUAAUAAAUUAAAAAAACAUGCUAAAAUUUUGAAAAAUCAAAAAGGUUCUGGUGCAUCAAUAUUACUUAAAAAAAUUCAAUAAAUAUUCAUUUUUUUUUUGUUUAAUUCAUUCAAUUAAUUUUUAAUAAUAAUAAUAAUAAAUUCAAUACAGUCUUUUUUAUAAAACUUCAUUAUAUUGAGGAGAAAAAAAAAUUGUAUUAUUAAAUAAAAAAAAAAAAGAAAAAAAAAACCAAAAUUGAAAAAAAA